UGUGCCAAAUUUAUCUAGAAGAAGAGAUAUUCCCAGAUGUACCGUAGGCUUUGUUUACACAUUCAAGCGCGACAUUUGUUUUGAAGUCCCGAAACCACAAAUGCUCACCAGCCUUUGCACGCGUUUUCCUCUGUAGCUCGCUCUCGGCAAAACAUCUCUCAAAUUUCCCAACCAAUGUCUCACUCUCUCUCUCACACACAAACAGACUCUCACUCUCUCUCUCUCUGUCGUCGGAAAAGCUUCGUUUGUGUCGUGGCGCGGUUCGGACGGUCGGGUUUGGGGCGCGCGCUUUGUUUGUCCAAUGUUCCGGCACACCACACAACCACCAAACGGCAAAACGGUCAAUCGCAACAGAGAGCUGGAAAGCACAAACAUAUGCAUCUGUGGAUAUGUAUGUGUGUGUGUGUGUGUAUGUGUCUCUCGCUCUUUCUCGCUGUCGGGUGCGAUGUGCUACGGGCAAAUUGCGUCGAAUAUCCUUACAGCCCGUCACAGCUAGCGCGACAUUAGUUCGCAUCUGGUGUCUGGUGUACUCACACAUCAGCUGUGCAGCAACAUUGGCAACAUUGUACUGAAAGAUGGAGAGCAGUUCCAGUAGCCCAUUGCCGGCCGACGACUGUGGUUCGUCGCCUGCUGACGCACUGCAACCUCAUGUCGCCCCACCGGACGGUGCCGAGAGCGCGCCGAGCGUGCAAGAGGGAAGGAGCACACCCGGCCAGGACCCGGCCGGUCCGGCGACCACGCUUGAGCCGCAAAACCCGCGCCUCCUCUCCUCCCUGUACAGCUUUCUCGUGAUCGUGAGCUUUUUUCUCGUCGGGUUCGCCGCUUUCCGCAACACUCUGACCUGGCAUCUGCAGCGGUUCUGGGGCGCAUCCGGUGACUUCUGGCAGUCGCAGUGGGACCGAUUCAUCGACUUCACCGGCGAAGAUCCGGCCCACCUCUGGGUGGCCAGUACGACCAUCUUCACGAUGGCGGUAUACUGGGUGUUUGGUGGCAUCUACACCCUGUUCGACGUCACCUGCCGGCCCGCCAUCAUCCGCCGGUACAAGAUGCAGCCGGGCACGAACGAGCCGGUCGAUCGGCGCCGGCUCGCGAAGGUGAUCGCGACGGUGCUGCUGAACCAGACGGUCGUCGGCGUGCCGAUGGCGUACUGCAUGUACCAGGCGAUGCGGUUCCGCGGCCUGAACGAUCUGCGCGAGCUGCCCACCUUUCACUGGGUGCUGGCGGAGCUGUCGUUCUGCAUCUUCAUCGAGGAGAUUGGGUUUUACUACGCGCACCGGCUGCUGCACAGCCGGCGCAUCUACCGGUACAUCCACAAGCAGCACCACGAGUGGACGGCCCCGAUCGCGAUCACCGCCAUCUACUGCCAUCCGGUCGAGCACGUGUUCAGCAAUCUGGUGCCACCGUUUUUGGGGAUCUUCAUGCUCGGCAGCCACGUGGCGGUCGCCUGGCUGUGGUUUACGCUCGUGAUACUGUCCACGCUGAACGCUCACUCCGGCUACCAUCUGCCGUUCUUUCCCAGCCCGGAAGCGCACGACUUUCACCAUCUCAAGUUUAACCAGUGUUUCGGUGUGCUGGGCGUGCUGGAUCGGCUCCACGGUACGGACGCACUGUUCCGCACGACCAAGGCGUACGCCCGGCACAUCAUGAUGCUGAGCUUCAUACCGGCCCGCGAGGCGUUCCCCGAACCGGCCAAGAAGGCCUUCUAACUGACACAUUUCUACACCUAACAGACACACAUUGGAUGUCACAGCAAAUCACCAAGCAUUAGCCACACAUAGCCCACAUGUACGUAAUCCUGGUCACGGCACCAGACUAUCCAUUACAAAGGGAGUGCAGCCGGUUGAGCGAGCUGCGUAGGAGGACACAUUCUGCGAGAGUGCAAAAAAGGAAGUCGCUUCAACAUUGGGUGUGCAUCAGAGAGUUUGGUAUACUACUUUUGCUAGGUACUAUUCACGUUUGGCACCACACAGACAGACACCCAAACGAACCACACUGAACCAUCACGCUAGAAGCCACAGUAGAACAACGUUCGACAUGGACAGUCGCGGAAAUUUCCCCAGAGAGCCAGAGAGAGAGAGAGAGAGAGAGAGAGAGAGAAAGAGAAAGAAAGAGAGAGAAAGCUCCUAUUAUUCACUAGUCUGUAGGAUGAUCGGAUUUGUUUGCGCUAAGGGCGCCUAAAAGAGUCGAAAGGAUGCUUUAAUAAACUUUGACAGCAUAAUAAAUUGAACGUAUGAUGACGUCACUGACUGUACUACUGUAUGCAUUAAUAAA